GUUGACAUCACAAAUCAAUGAAUUUCCCAAAAACUACAUAGUGCCCCUUUAAGGGCCAUGUAACUGGUAAUAAUUCAGUAAUACCUUAUACUUUGAUAUUUUCCUUAAUAAUUUACACUAAAUGAUACAGAAUAAAACACUAAGAAGGAAGCAGUGUCUCUGUUUGACUGAACAAAGAGAAAGGAUUUCAAUUUCCCCUUCAGAAGAAAUCUGACUCAGCAGGAGGGGGAAGUGAGCAGAGAGUAACUUCCCAUACAAACCACAGCAAAUGAACUCCAUCUUCUGCCCAAACAUAACAACCUCUGCAUGCUUUUCGGCCUUUGACCUGAAGGUGUGUGAACCUGCGGCCCCUCCUCUCCGUCAUGGGAACAGGCGCCCUCUGUUUAUGGCAGUUUAACGGACCUCAGAUGUCGCCGCUGGCUGGAUGUGCUGUAGGUUUGUAAUCUUUACUGCCCGAUGUGGGUGUGCUGCCGGGCGGGGCCACAGCGGCCCGUCGAGCUCUCUGAUUGGCUGUUUCGUGUUAGAUGAAGGCGGGACUUAUUGAGCUGUUAGACGAAGUGCAGCGUCAAUCGAAGGCGAUUACGCUGCGUUCAAAGACUGCUCGUUCUUUUGGAAUAGUCGUGGAAAGUGUGGUUAAAUUAAGGAAUCUGCAUUUUGCUCCUCAGUUCCCUGACCCUGUUGAGGUGAAGUGUAUUCACAUAGGUGUAAAUUGAAAACAAGUGAAGUAAAUGCACCUUACAUACAUACUUUUCUUAUUGUGUUUGUUACUGUACUAUAGUGAAUUGUUAAACUUCUUUACAGAUUCAUAUUCUACAUAAAAGAAAUGUUCCACACCUAUUAAAUGUGACACAUAGUUGUAAAUUAAACUACCCAACAGUAUGUUAAUCAGUUACAUUAGCUCAACUAGGACCAGUUGCAACAUAUCCUCAUUCAUGCAUAUGUAGGAGCAACACUAUAACAUACAGUAAUAUAUACAAGUAAGAGUGGCUAUUCUGCUUCAAAACAAAUAUAUUUAUUGUAAUACUUGAUACUUUUACAAAUUUUAAACAUCAUGUUUGGUUUAGUUGUUGCGAGGGGGACUAUUCAAACUAUGAUUUAUGUUAUGUGAUGUCUGUAGUGGGUCUGCAGGGAGAUUUCCUACGUUAAUUCCAUAACAUGUUAAACAGAAUCCCUUUGGAGCUUGAAAGAAAAAGACUAUAUGAAUCUAACAAAGGAUGCUUUCCAAGUGGCAAUCUGGGAUAUGCAGGAAUCAGUGUUUUUAGAACUUGACCGAUAAACUAGACCAAAAGUCAGUUUACCUCAGCCUCAUUGUUUUCAUACGUCUCUUGCGAGUCACCCAGCUUAAUAGAGUCACAUACACAAUUGGUGGAAUACCCCUUUCAGUAAACAAUGUGAAUAUCUCUUCACCCUAUGCCCAUGUGUGCCUUUAUAGCACUUCCUUAUUGUGUUGGGCAUUUGCAUAAUAUAACAAUUAUGACUCAGAAGCUGAGCCAGCAUUUUCAUCUAUCAGUAACCAUGGUAACGGUCUGAGUGUGGAAAGUGGUUAAUGACAUUUAUUUCUCAUUUUCCAUUUCCCCCAAUCUUAUUUCCAGAUGAUUAUCCCCUACAACUCUCCUGCGGUACACCACCGUGAUGUGGAGUUUCCACGGCCAUCUGUGCGACCUCCCCCAUGAAGUUUAGCGGAAUAAUCCCGACGGUCCGUGAAGGCAGCAGCACCGCCUCCAGUGUGCGGUCUCAGCGCCGCUCCAACGUGAUCGCGUCUGUCUGAGAGCAGCGGUGUGGCUUCAGAGGAGCGCUCACACGCUUCGCUCGUACGCACUUGAAACAGGAUGUAGCGGCUGAGACUGAGCACAGAGAGAGACGAGAAGAAGCGAGUUCAACUCCGCGAUGUGACAGAGACCGUUGAGCCAAUACAAUGAGCGCCGCAGCAGAGGGGAAGCAGAAGAAGCAGACAGGAGGUGUCCCGAUGAGGCAGCCCACCGCCGGCAGGUCUUGACGGCUGCUCCCGCUGACCUGAAGACACUCCGCACCGCCGCGGCACCGCACGGUCUGCAGGCACUGAAAACCAACCAAAAAAAAAAAAAAAAGCCAGCAUAGCCGAAAUACUCCACAUCCCUUCGGCGGACCUUGAAAGCGAUAAUGGCGAGUCUGGGCGACUGCUGUGUGAAGGUUGCGUUGAGGAUUCGUCCUCAGAUGGCCAAGGAGAAGAUUGAGGGCUGCCAUGUGUGCACGCUGGUCACACCUGGUGAACCGCAAGUCCUCUUGGGAAAGGACAAGGCCUUCACCUAUGACUUUGUAUUCGACAUCGACUCAGAGCAGCAGAGCAUCUACCAGGCCUGUGUGUACAAGCUCAUCGAGGGCUGCUUCGAGGGCUACAAUGCUACCGUGUUCGCUUAUGGUCAGACGGGUUCGGGGAAGACCUACACCAUGGGGACGGGCUUCGAUGUGAACCUGAGCCAGCAGGAGCAGGGCAUCAUCCCGCGGGCUGUUCACCAGCUGUUUGAGGGAAUCCAGAACCGCAGGGAUCGUGCCCAGGAGACCGGCAGCCAGCCGCCCGAGUUCAAAGUCAGCGCCCAGUUCCUCGAGUUGUAUAAUGAAGAGAUCCUGGACUUGUUCGAUGGAUCCAGAGAUCCAGACAGUCGCAGCAGGAAGUCCAACAUUAAGAUCCAUGAGGACGCCAGCGGCAGCAUUUACACGACCGGAGUCACAUCCAGACUGGUGCACACGGAGGAAGAGCUGCUGCAGUGUCUGAAGCUCGGCGCUCUGUCCCGCACCACAGCCAGCACCCAGAUGAACGCCCAAAGCUCCCGCUCGCACGCCAUUUUCACCAUCCACCUGUGUCAGAUGAGAGUUUGCCAGCAGCAUCAAAUGAACGGAGGAGGAGGAGGAGGAGGAGGAGGAGAGAACGGGGAAUUGAACGGUGUGGACUCCAGUGCCAUCACCCAGCCGGAGUUUGAGACACUGAUGGCCAAGUUCCACUUUGUGGAUCUGGCCGGCUCUGAGAGGCUGAAACGCACUGGAGCCACCGGAGACAGAGCCCGCGAGGGAAUCUCUAUCAACUGUGGACUGCUUGCUCUGGGAAACGUGAUCAGUGCUUUAGGAGACCAGGCUAAGAAAGGCGGGCACGUCCCUUACAGAGACUCCAAGCUCACUCGUCUGCUCCAGGACUCACUGGGAGGAAACAGCCGCACAGUGAUGAUCGCCUGCGUCAGUCCGUCAGACCGGGACUUCAUGGAGACGCUGAACACGCUAAAGUACGCCAACCGCGCCCGAAACAUCAAGAACAAGGUGGUGGUGAACCAAGACAAGACCAGCCAGCAGAUCAGCGCCCUGCGUGCGGAGAUAGCCCGGCUUCAAUUGGAACUGAUGGAGUACAAGGCGGGGAAGCGUGUGGCAGGUGAGGAUGGUUCAGAGGGCUACAGCGACCUGUAUCAGGAGAACGCCAUGCUGCAGCGAGAAAGCGACACACUGCGCCUCAGGGUCAAAGCCAUGCAGGAGACCAUCGACCACCUGAACACCCGCGUCACGCACCUGCUGGCCAAUGAGGUCAGCACUCUGCUGACCAAGUCAAGUGAAGGCAAUGAGGAGAUCGGGGCCUUAAUCCAGAAUUACAUCCGAGAGGUUGAGGAACUCAGAUCCAAGCUCCUUGAGAGCGAGGCCAUGAACGAGUCGUUGAGACGGCAGGCGGCCCGACUUUCCACGCGCACCCCGUUCCCCUCCUCCAGUCUCAGCCCCGCCCCCGGCCACCCGCCUGGCUCCUCCCCUGCUCCUAUGUCCAUGGAGGCCGAGAUGACGGACGUGCUGCGCCGGGCCAAGAUGGACAUCGAGAGGCUGAAGAAGAAGGAGAGGAGGCAGAGGAGGAUGAGCCCAGAGUUGGAGAAAGGUAUGAAGAAGCGAGUGAAGCUGCACACUCAUGAGAACGGAGAGAACGGGCAGAGUCGAGAGAACGGACAAAACGGACAGAACGGAGAGAUCGACUCGGACGACAACUACGCUGAGGACAUCAUGUCUCCACUGCAGGAGGAGAGUGGUUGUGAAGAUGAGGGGGAGGAUGAGGAGGAGGGCAGGGAGGAGGAGGAUGGGUUCGACAGUGACGAGAGCCUGGUGGACUCAGACUCGGACUCUGAUGAGAAAGCAGCCAACUUCCAGGCGGACCUGGCUGAUCUGACCUGUGAGAUCGAGAUCAAACAGAAGCUGAUAGAUGAGCUGGAGAACAGCCAGCGGAGGCUCCUGAUGCUGAAGCUGCAGUAUGAGGAGAAGCUCAUCCUUCUGCAGAACAAGAUCCGAGACACUCAGCUGGAGAGGGACCGCGUACUGCAGAACCUCAUGUCCAUGGAGAACUACACGGAGGAGAAGGCCAACCGGAUCAAGCAGGAGUACGAGAAACGUCUGAAGGAGAUGAACCGGGACCUGCUGAAGCUACAAGCAGCGCAGAAAGAGCACGCGCGUCUCCUCAAAAACCAGGGGAGGUAUGAACGGGAGCUGAAGAAACUCCAAUUAGAGGUCAACGAUAUGAAGAAAGCCAAGGUGGCGCUGAUGAAGCAGAUGAAGGAGGAGCAGCAGAGGAGGAGAAUGGUGGAGGCAAAGAGGAACCGUGAGAUCGCACAGCUGAAGAAGGAGCAGCGACGUCAAGAGUACCAGAUCCGAGCGCUGGAGUCUCAGAAGCGGCAGCAGGAGUUGGUGCUGCGCAGGAAGACGCAGGAGGUAACUGCCCUGCGCCGCCUGGCCAAACCCAUGUCGGACCGCGUGGCCGGGCGCGUGGCUCGCUGGAACCAGGCCACCUCAGUGACGGACUCCGGAGCCGAGUUGUCGGCCAGCACUACAGCCAGCAGCUCUGAGCCCGAGACCGCGAGGACUGUGAGCGGGCUGGUGAGGCAGUGGAACAACAAAAACAACGUGUUCGGAUACAUGGGAGAGAGCGAAGGGAGCAUGGACGGAACCAGGGUCAUCAGCAGUAGGAAGAAGUUGCAGCGUAAAGCAGCAGGCAUCGGCACCGGAGUGGCAGGCAGAGUGGGCAGCUUCUCCAAGUCUGCCCGUCAGAAGUGGCAAGCCCUGGAGCGACGCAUUAUGGACAUCGUCAUGCAGAGGAUGACCAUCUCUAACGUGGAGGCUGACAUGGAUCGCCUUAUUAAGAAGCGAGAGGAGCUCACAGUCCAGCAGGAGUCGCUCUCACACAAGAGGGAGGUACUAAUGGCGGAUGGGGAGGGACCAGAAGCAGAGGACCGCCUCCUUCAGGAAAUUAAUGAGGACAUCGAGGUGCUGAACGCCAACAUAGACUACAUCAAUGACAGCCUGUCUGACUGCCAGGCCACAAUUGUGCAGAUAGAGGAGACCAAGGAUGAGCUGGACUCUGUGGACACCUCAGUGGUGAUCAGCUCCUGCUCUCUGGCUGAAGCACGCCACCUGCUGGACCACUUCCUGAAGGCCUCCAUAGAGAAAAGUCUCCAGGUGGCUCAGAAGGAGGCUCAGGUCAGACUGCUGGAGGGUCAGCUGAGGCAGACGGAUGUGAUUGGCUCAUCCCACAAUCACAUGAUCCUUGACGCCCUGCGAGAAAAGGCAGAAUACAUCCCUGAACUCCAGGCUCUCAUCCACAAUGUACAGCAGGAAAACGGUUAUGCCAGCACAGACGAGGAGCCCUCUGAGUUCAGCCAAGCUUCUGACAGCAGUGUAUCUCAAAUGAAAGAAUCCAACAGCCAAGAAGACAUCAAGAUAAAGAUGGAGCCUCGUCUGUCAGCUCAGAUGAAGGCGGUGUCGGCGGAGUAUCUGGGUCCCAUCCUGGACCCCUCAUCAGGCGGCAAGCAGCAGCACAUCACCAAGUCUCUGGCCUCACUGACAGACAUCCAGGAGGACGGCCUGAGUCUGGCAACCGCAAGUCUGGGCUUCAGCCUGUCCCUGCGAGACCCCUACCACAGGGAACGGGCGUCCCGUACCAUCAGCCUGCCUAUCAGGGGACACACCUUUCCCAGGCAGUCUCGGGGUUAUGACACUUCCCCCAUAACGAGGAGGAAGUCUUACGACCGUGCGUACAGGCCCACUGACGGCUAUACUCCCCCUUCCUCGCCUCCUCUGAGGACCAGGAACGACCGCAACGUCUUCUCAAGGCUCACCAGCAACCAAACCCAAGGUUCAGCUCUGGACAAGUCGGAUGACAGCGACUCCUCGCUCUCCGAGGUGCUCAGGGGUGUGAUCAAUCCCAUCGGGGGUGUGAAAGGGGGUCGGACGGCGCCCCUGCAGUGUGUUUCUGUAGCUGAGGGCCAUUCGAAGCCAGUCCUGUGUGUGGAUGCUACAGAUGAGCUGCUUUUCACUGGAUCUAAAGAUCGCACCUGUAAGAUGUGGAACCUGGUAACGGGUCAGGAGAUCGUCACCCUCAAAGGCCACCCCAACAACGUGGUGUCAGUUAAAUAUUGUCCUUCCUCCUGUCUGGUCUUUUCCGUCUCCACCUCCUACAUCAAGGUGUGGGACAUCCGCGACUCCGCCAAGUGUGUCCGCACCCUUACUUCAUCAGGGCAGGUGGUUUCAGGUGACGUGUGCGCCGGCACCACCACCCGCACAAUAACCUUUGCGCAGGGCGAGUGUCAGAUCAACCAGAUAGCCAUCAACCCGUCAGGCUCUGUGCUCUACGCUGCUGCUGGAAACACCGUCCGCAUGUGGGACCUCAACAGGAUGCAAGGUAUGGGGAGGCUGACAGGCCACAUCGGCUCCGUCAUGUGUCUGACAGUGGGGCAGUCUUUGCUGGGCAAAGACCAAGUAAUCACAGGCUCCAAAGACCAUUAUGUCAAGGUGUUUGAUGUGGCAGAGGGAACUAUGGGUAACGUAGGUCCAGCUCAUAACUUCGAGCCGCCCCAUUAUGACGGCAUUGAGUGCUUGGCUGUACAAGGAGAUGUGCUGUUCAGCGGGUCGAGAGACAACGGCAUCAAAAAAUGGGAUCUGGAGCAGCAGGAGCUCAUUCAGCAAAUCCCCAACGCCCACAAGGACUGGGUGUGUGCUCUGGCGUACGUCCCAGGACGGCCCAUGCUGCUGAGCGCGUGUCGGGGCGGCAUGCUCAAGGUGUGGAACGUGGACAACUUCACCCCAAUAGGAGAGGUCAGGGGUCACGACAGCCCUAUUAACGCCAUAUGUACCAACUCGAGACAGAUCUUCACUGCGUCAAGUGACUGCAGGGUGAAGUUGUGGAGCUAUGUGCCGGGCCUGACCCCGUGUCUUCCCCGACGGGUCCUGGCCAUCAAGGGCCGAGCCACCAGCCUCCCAUGAUUGCCUCCUCUCCGCUCACCAACCCUCCCUUCCUCUGCGACAAGACGGUUAAGAUCUGGACGUCAAAGGUGUGGAGGAAGAGGUGACAACCAAAUUGGAUCCUUUGUCGACCAUCUUCUGACUACUGCAGCCACUGAUCUGUGACCUGCUCUCUUCUAGAAAUGAGAUGUGACACUGAAAACACAGUUUCCAAGGCAAUCAAGGUGUUUUUCUUUCACUUUUUUGUCAAGGUGCAAAUUGACAAAGCUGAGGCUGAGCAUGUAUUCUAAGGCAAAAAAAAAAACUAUUUGCCUUUCAGAUGUGUUUUUUUUUUUUUUUUUUUCUUAUAUGCCUAUUUGAAAGUGCCAUUCGGGUGUGAUGCUACAAGAUUUGUUUCCGGCCGGGGAUACACCAGGUGGAAGAAUUUUUUUCUCCUGACAAGAAAAUGACCGCAAAAAGAAAGUGUCCUUCUGUUCGAUCACCGAGGUUUGACAAUCUUUGUUGAACAGCAAGGGAAGAAUUUGCUCAAAGACGUGUGUAUUCAUGUCAGAAGGUCAAGACGUGGACUGAAUUUUGACUCCCAGAGGGAUCUUAUCUAAAGUCUCUGUUUCUCCAUUCAAGAAGCUGAAAACAACGGAGGGUUAUUGUUUGUGUUAAUAACGGUGGAUGAUUGAUAGACAAUUGAUGUUUGACAUCACUGCAAGAUUACACAAGACGCCAUCAGUUUUAACGCCAGACACGUCCUCCAACACUUUAAGUUCAACUCUCUCUCAGUAUAUCACUGAAACUUAAUUGCGUUCCACAAGUCGUGUUCAUUUCCUUUUUUUUUUAAUGACUUUUAUUAAUUUAUUAUUUUUUCCUACCUCAGUUGUUUUUGGACUUCGGCGUGAGGUGGGAGGGAACAUUUUUACGGGUCUCUGCGUACAAAACACCUGGUGCUCGACAUUUCUCAAGUCUUUUAUUUGACGUUGGCGGUUCAUAUCUGUGUGGAUGUGUCCUCUGUGGCCCUGCGGCUAUCAGACUGUCUCGCUGCUGACCUUGCAAACAGGAAAGCACACGUCCAGUAGCACAACAAAGGUAGCACUGGACCCCCCGGAGGAUUCUGACUGGAUUGUAUUAUCUGCUCAGUAAAGUGCUAACAGGGGUGAAAAAGAAGAAACACCCCUGCGUCACAAUGAAAACAGAAUACACUACUCCAACGUUUGUGAGUCGGGUAUUCCAUCGAGGCCAAAGUGCCAGAUCAUUAUCUCCGACCAUCCUACAGUAUGUGGCCCAUACCUGCCAUAUAUUCCCCACAUGAAUGGUAAUAAGAGCCCUGCCAGUGUGACCCCCGCCUGCUUUUAGCCCCGUUCGGAUCUUUAAGGUUAGCAACUGUGUCAGACUGACCAGCCUUACCCACCGAAGAGUCCACCUCCUUCCCCGCUACUGAACCUCUCUGGGAAGCCUUUUUAAUUAGAGGUCUCGCAGCUUGACCGGCUGCUUUCAGGCGAGAUUACUUGGAUGAAAGUAGGUCAUAACUGAGAGGGAUUUCUUAUUAAAAAUCCCAAUUUUCUUCCACCCACUAUUUGCUGCUACAUUUAAAGGCAGGAAAAAAAAAAACUUCCUGUUCCAGUGCACUGAUGUACAAAUCUGUUUAUGUGGCAGAUUAUGCGUGUGGGCAACACGCACACACAUAUGCACAAACUGUGGACUCACACAAACACACGAUUUCAGUGGAUGUUGCGGUUAUCCAUCUUGCCUGAUAGGUCUUGGCAUCCCACACCGUGUUGAUUUAGUGUCUCUUUAAUGAAACAAAUUCAGCACUGCAGCACUCCACUGACACACACGUGUAUGCGCACACAUACACACACCUAUAGGCAAACAGUAAUAACACAAGUCUUAAAAGUCAGCUCAGCUUUCUUUUUCUUAACAUUUUUUUGUGUAAAAGUCUUACCGCUUGAUAAAAACCCAGUUCAUGUCUGUUUGUAUCACAAUAUCACAGUUAACUUUUGGUAUUAAAGGGUAACUCUACCAGUUUUACACAUUCGAGCGUGUGUGCAGGUCUUUAGGAGUACUUGUGCAUAUGUGGAAAAAGUAGUUUAAAACCUUUGGUGGCUCCAGAGGAAGCUGAUGAAUUGCUUCCAGUGAUCAGUGGCUGAGUUGCAUUGUGGGUAAUGUUGACACCAUGUUUUGAAAACCGAGAAGAAUGUGUGAAAUGUUAGACCAGUGAACUGCGUUUGAAAACCUAAUGCCUACAUGACCCACAAUGCAACUGAGCCACUAAGUGACAUCACUGGACUCAUGGACAGUUUAAAAACAAAAGAUCAGAAAUGCAGAACCAGAGAUAUUGACUUUUUAUUCUACGCAUUCUUCUUAGAUUUCAAAACCUGCCGCCGACAUUACCCACAGUGCAACUCAACAUUGUGCAUGACAUCACUGGAGGCAAUUUAUCAGAUUACAUGCAGCUUCCUCUGGAGCCUCAAGAUCUGUACAUAAAACAUGUCAACAUGGCAAAUUGUUGGAGUUACUCGUUCAGUUCUGAAACGUCAUUGCCUCUGUUGAUAAAAGAAUACUUUGGUUUCUUCAGUGCAAUUUUCCUUAUGAUAGACCCAGAAACAUGUAGUUAAAUUAAAACAAGCUUGGAUCAUGAAACAGCAGUCAGUGGUGUUGAGGUUAGUUAAUAUUUUCAACAUACUCUCUGCAACUUCUCCUGUAACAAGGAGUAUGUGCCGCCAACACAAGCUUGAAGCUGCUUACACUUCUCCAAAAGCAAUGGUGUGGGUUGUGGUUUUAUGUUGGGGAGGCGUAGUGAAUGCAAAUGUGUGGAUGGGGUUAAUUUGUUGACACGUUCUUGGUUUUGAUAUUUGUAAUGCUUAGAAACUCAGGUAACGAGUGAGGGAUAAUGUUAGUCAUACUUAAGUGAUUACUUGACCCUGUGAAUUUAGGUAGCUCUUCAAAUUGACCAAAUGCCUUGUUUGAGAGAUUUUUAUUUUACUUAAAGGUACUAUCAGUGUACCUCCGGGGGGGCCCCC